AAUUGAAAAUGCCCAUUCAACAAUGCCACCAACAAGCAAUCCACCGAACCUGUCUCCUAUCGAGUUUAGUUCCAAACAUUAUUCUGGUAUAAGUACAUCCCAAUGGAAAAGAUCAAACCACACUAACCAGGUUGAAGUUGUUGCUAAUAAGAGCAGCCAAGAAGGAAGUCUGCAGUCAAUAAUUUACCAGGGAUUAUCCACCAACACUCCAAAUAACACUUUACCAGAGGUUUCUAGUGGUUCAAUGCCCAUUAUGAAUGGAUUGUAUGAUCCUCAGUACCAAGAAUUUGGCUUACCAGUUGAUCCUCAUCUUCGAUGCUUGAUUUUAAAUCCAAAUUUCAUGCAUGGCCAAGUUAAUCCCCGGUUUUCCAGGGAUAAUUAUUGAUCAUCACCAGACAUUGCUUUGGAUGAUUUGACAGAG